AUGGGUAAUGCAGGCUUUAUGAAGCUUAGUGAGAACCAGGCUACAUGGCUUGAAAGAGAUGUUACCAUAGAAGAGGUUCACUUGGCCAUCUUCAGCAGUGAAGGCUCCAAGAGAGGUAAACUUCUUAAAGGUAUUAACACCAGCUAUAUUGCUUUAAUUCCAAAAGUUGCUGGCAACUCCUCCUUUAAUGAUUAUAGACCUAUUAGCUUAUUAAAUGGGCUAUAUAAGAUUAUUGCUAAGAUUCUUGCCACCAGACUAAAAGAACUUAUGUGGUGUGUGGUUAGCCCCUCCCAAUCAGCUUUCAUUGUUGGCAGGAACAUCCUGGACUCGGUUCUCAUUGCCAAUGAAAUGCGAUUCUAUGAAAUCUCGGAGCUGUCAAGGGGGACCCCUUCUCCCAUUUUCUCUUUUGUUUGGCUGCUGAAGAUGACACACUUUUCUUCACCAAAUAAUCUUCAAUGCCUGUUAAAUGUCAAGAGAAUGUUAAGAUGGUUCAGUUUGUGCUUGGGGCUCAAUGUCAACUUCCAUAAGAGCAGUUUGGUGGGUGUGAAUGUUGCUGAGAUAUAUGCUGAAGGGAUUUCUGGUGCUCUCAAAUGCAUAUGUGAUACUCUUCCAAUCAAAUACUUGAGACUCCCUUUAGGUGCUUAUCCAAAUAGGAUCUCCAUAUGGAAACCUGUUCUCUCACAAAUUCGAGGGAGACUCAACUCUUGGAAGGGGUGGCUAUUAUCAAUGGCGGGGAGAAUAAUUCUGAUCAAAAGUGUAAUCUCUACCAUACCUCUCUAUUACAUGCCCAUCUCCUGCAUCCCAAAGGCAGUGGCCCGUAAGAUCACAGCUAUGCAGUCUCUGUUUUUAUGGGAUGGGAGUAUUGAUAACAGGAAAAUUCACUGA